AUGUGUCGUUGGUUCGCAUACAUUUCUCCCCAAGAACCAUGUCUUCUCUCCGAUGUCCUCAUCACACCGGCGAAUAGCAUCAGCAAACAAUGCUCCGAGCAUUAUCUGCCUAAACUGCUACCCCAUGAUAAAGACAAGGAUCUGGACCACAGCUCAGAUGAACUGCUUCGGAUGCGAAACUCGCUUUUGAACAUGGAUGGGUUGGGUGUUGCUUGGUACACCAACGCCGCAUCAUCCUACCUCAAACACACCACCGGCCCUCGCCCUUCGCUCUAUAAAUCCCAAUCUCCGCCCAUCAACGACUUCAACUUCACUUCGCUUUGCUCAAACACGGAAUCUCACUGCGUGUUCGCCCACAUCCGGGCCAGCAGCGGCACCGCAGUCACCCCAGUAAACUCGCACCCCUUUGCCUUUGGCCGCCACACCUUCAUGCACAACGGCGUCAUCUCCAACUUCUCCUCGAUCCGGCGCGAGCUCACCGACCUCCUCUCCUUCCCCACCUACUGCCACAUCCUCGGCUCCACCGACUCUGAACACGCCGCAGCCCUGUACAUGACCAACCUAACCUCGCACUCAGACGACCCAGAAGCCUGGUCCAAACCCUACCCUCUUACCACCAUGUUCACCGCCCUCCGCACCACCGUCCUCCAAAUCCUCACCCUCCAACACAAAACCCUCGGCCCAGCCAACACCCCCUCCUCACUCAACUUCUGCGCCACAGACGGCAUCCAGCUCAUCGCCCUGCGCUUCCGCAACCACGCCAGCCAACAGCCGCCCUCGCUCUACUGGUCCGAAUCCGCGGGCCGCACGCUAAACACCAAAUUCCCGGGCCACCCGGACGGCGCGCAUGUGCGGAAUGAAGAGGCCGUCAUGGGCGCGGAGGAGAAGAUGGGAAGGCAUACGAUUGUGGCGUCGGAGCCGACGACGUAUGAGGAGAAGGAGUGGCAUUUGAUUGGGAGGAAUUGUGCGUUGUUGGUUGAUGAGGGGGGUGGGGAGGUGGAGGUCAAGGUUGAGUAUGGGGCUGAGUUGGAUGCGCGGGAUCCGAAGUUUGAUGGGUUGUGGUAG